ACCUUAUCAAACGCGUUAUGAAAUAUUACGAGAUCUAAAGAUAAAAAGUUCCAUAUGCGAAAAUUAUUUACAGUUUAUAACUUUAUCUCAGCAUGAAUAAAUUGUUAAGUAUCUUAAUUGCUGGGAUUUUAAUUUUCUCGGCAGAGGCUUUCUUCCUUGACAGUUUACUUGGAGGUGGUUGUCAUAGCGACGCUGACUGUACAAAUGGCUGUUGCUUAGCAAAGAAAAAUAGUUUCGGAGGUCUAAGCCACUCAUGUCAACCUUAUCUACUUCCGGGAGCAUCAUGCUAUGGGAGUGAUCCUUACCAUUGCGGCUGCUCGACAGGGUAUUCGUGCGAGGUUGUCUCCCCUGACGGAAUAGCACUGGAAGCAGGGAGCAAAAUUGAAGGUUACUGUAAACCAUCAAAUGGCACUUCAGGAGGUCCUCAAAUUGCCGUGGAGGGCGGACGCUGAAGGAUUCGCAGUAAUGUUUAAAUGAAACAGUGAUAAUAAUAAAAGAAAAACAAAAAUG